GACACACAAACGUUUCCUUACGCACAUACCAUGCACGUGGCCAUGAUCUGGAUGGUGGCAGCCGGCGUGAGUGUGGCGCUGGCCUCGUCGUGGAUCCUCAGCGCGCUGUGGCGGUACGUGUGGAGGCCCCGCGCCAUAACCAGGGCGUUCCGCGCGCAGGGCGUGGGCGGGCCGGACUACCGGUUCCUGGUCGGCAACAUCGGCGAGAUAAAGCGCCUCCUCAUCGAGAGCGCAGGCCUCGUGCUCGACCUAGGCUGCCAUGACUACAGCGCCCUGGUGCAGCCCCACUUUCGCAAAUGGAUGGCCCAAUACGGACGGACAUUCGUCUCGUGGCCCGGGGAGAAGCCGGAAUUGUUCAUGGGGGAUGUGAACAUGGUGAAGCAGGUGCUCUCCGACCGCACGGGGCUUUUUCCAAAGAAUCCCGUGAAUGAUCAUUUCACCCGCUUGCUUGGUAAGGGACUCAUCCUCAUCGACGGCGACGAGUGGAAGCGCCACCGGAAGGUUGUCCACCCAGUGUUCAGUGUCGACAAGCUAAAGAUGUUGGCUAUGACAGUGUCUGAUUGUGUCGGGUUAAUGCUGGCGGACUGGGAAGCAAAAUUGGAGAUGAAUCGGGGUCCUGUAGAGAUUGAUAUUAGUUGCCAGUUCGAGGAGGUUGCAGCCGACGUGAUCUCACAUGUGGCAUUUGGCAGAAACCAUAAAGAGGCCAAGGAAGUCUAUCUGGUGCAGAAAGAGCUCCAGUUUCUUGCCUUCAACAGUAUAUUUAAUGUUUUGAACCUCAUCCCGGGCUUCAGGUACCUUCCUACCAAAAAUAACCUAAAGAUGCAUAUGCUCGAGAAACAGGUGAGGAGCAUACUCAUGAACAUCAUAAAAAAUCGGGUUAACUGCAAGGACACUGUGGGAUACGGGAAUGACAUGCUUGGGAUAAUCCUGAAUGCAUGCGCGCCAGAGCACGUGCAAAACCCCCUCAUGAGCAUGGAGGAGAUCAUAGAAGAGUGCAAGACUUUUUACUUAGCUGGACAUGAGACCACCGCGCAGCUGCUCACCUGGACUAUGUUCUUGUUAAGCACACACUCAGAGUGGCAAGAGAAGCUCAGGGAGGAGGUGGUGAGAGAAUGUGGCAAGGAUAUCCCUACAGAUGACAAGCUCAACAAUAUGAAGCUGGUCAACAUGUUCAUUCUAGAAACUCUCAGGCUAUACGGCCCGGUCACAAACAUCCAGAGGAAAACAGGCUCCAAUCUUGAGCUCGGCGGCAUCAAGGUACCGGAAGGCACAAUUCUAUCAACACCGAUCAAGACGAUACACCGUGACAAGGAACUUUGGGGCAAGGACGCUGAAGAGUUCAAGCCACAGAGAUUCGAGAACGGGGUGGGCAGGGCUGCGAAGCACCCAUAUGCAUUUCUACCUUUCUCUAUAGGGCCAAGGGCUUGCAUUGGGCAGAACUUUACAAUGAUCGAGGCGAAGGUUGUGUUCGCGAUGAUCCUGCAGAGGUUCUCAGUCUCGCUUUCCCCCAACUAUGUCCAUGCACCGAUGGAUGUAUUCACGAUACGGCCAAGAUACGGCCUUCAAGUGGUCAUCAACAGCUUGCAGAUCUAGAUUUGUGCUUUUAUUGGGAAAAUGUGUUGCUACUCUAACAUGGAUUGUAGCACGGAACAUGCAACUCAAUCCAUGAUUGGC